CAUUUACAAACUUAAACUGAAUAAUUAUAAACUUAAAAAAAAUUUUUAAGGUGAUCACGUGAUCACUACUAAUUUUAAAAUGUUCAAUUAAAUAAUUAAUUGAUUAUAUGAGUUCGUUUAGAGGAGACCAUCGCUUUAUAACUUGUCUUGUGGGUUGGGGCUUGGUUGCUUCGACAACUACUGCGCUAUGGUCUGUAGUCUGUACCGUAUCCAGUUCAGCAUUUUUCGUUUCCCUUUGAUCAUGUCGUUGAGUUCCCUGCUGUAGUCUCUCAUCCUAAACCCUAAUUUCUCUAUUUCGCUUAUCUCUCUCCAACAUGCCGCAUGGCGGUUAUGGAAAACGCCGAGUUGCUGGACGGAAGACCACUACCAGUACCAGUCAUCGUUCCAAGCUUUCCGGAGGAGUUAACAAGAAGCCCAAGGCUGCAUCUCUUAAAAAUCAAAUUCGUUCCACUGAGCGUUUGCUGCGCAAGGAACUUCCUCCUGAAAUCAGAUUAGCUCAAGAGAGGAAGCUAGAUGAGCUGAAGAAGCAGCAGGACCUUCACAUUCGAUUGGCUGUAGAGCGCAAAAUAUUUCUUCGAGACAGAAAGAUCAAAUUCUUUGAAAGACGAAAGAUAGAAAGAAGAAUGAGGCGUUUAGAGAAGCACCUACGAUCUUCAUCUGGUCAAGCGCAAGAGAAAGAGAUUUCUGAACAACUUGCCCAUUUGAAAGAAGAUCUGGAAUAUGUUAGAUUUUUUCCCAAGACAGAAAAAUAUUUGUCUUUGUUUUGUGGCGACGAUGACGCAGAAUUAGUGGAGAGGAGAAAUAGAUUUAGGGAGCAGAUUAAAGCAAACCUAAUUGCUGCCGCUGCUACUGGGAAAGACUUGGAAGAGACAGGUAGUGAGGAUGAUGGGCUAGCAGAUAUGAGUGAUGAUGAUUUCUUUUUAUCAGGGACAUCAAGUGAUGAAGCAGAUGCAGAUGAUGAGUUAACAGAUUUAAGUGCAAGGGAACAAGCAUCCAGUGCUUCCGGCAAAGCUGCAUCUGGUUUUUCAAGUGACGACAAAAAUCAGAUGUCAAUGCAGAAGCAGAAAUCAGCUCGGUCUUUAAUGCCACCUCCUCGACCUCAGAAAUCAUCAACACACAGGAAUGUGUACGCAUCCAGGAAUACAUCACACCCAAGGGCCGCAUAUUCAGGUAAUAGAGGAUCAUCAAAUUCACAAACGGGGCAGAGUAGUAACAUGAGUUCCAAUUCUGAUGCUCCCAAGCGGAAAAGAAAGCGUAGACCUAAAAAGAAAAAGCAGUAAGGGCCGCAUACUCGGGUAACAGAGGAUUAUCGGAUUGACAAAUGGGGCAGGGUAGCAACAUGAGUUCAUCAGUUCCAAUUCUGUUGCUCCCAAGUGGAGAAGAAAGCGUAGACCUAAAAACAAAAUGCCGUAGGUUUUCGUUUGUACUUGCCAGCUUUGUUAUGUCUACGACUUAAUUGUAUUUGUUGAAGCAGACUUAAGUGCAUUCGAGAAGGAAUCUAUCUCUUGACAGGGUUGUACUAAACUUGUGGAAACUAUUUUUAUGCCAUGUAUUUGAGCUUGAAUUGUUAUAUUGUAAGUCGAGUUUUUGAGUUA